AUGCAAGGUUGGCUCACACAGGCCCUGGAGGAAAAGUAUAUUGAGUCACUGCAGGGGCUUGACGGGACUGAUGGCGUGUAUUGCAUGGCGUGGGAGCACGAGUGGUACGAGGACGGUGUGGUGAUGGACUGGUCUGCGCUUCACUGUGGGCUUGUAGCCGGCACGCGCUUUCCACCACUGGCCGCACAAUUAGACGGCGUGGUGCGUUUUGGCUGCUGCGAGUCUGACGACGCCCUUUUGGUGACGUCGAUUGAUAUUCGUGCCCCGUGGCGCAUCAUCCCGCUCUCCGAUCAGGCCCAGCGGCUGAGUGCGUUUCUGCUCCCGCCGGCGGAGGCAGCGACCAGCGCGAAGAGCGUGCGUGGCUAUCGAUUUACGAGGGGCCCUCCAGGGCAUAGAAGUGUGCGGGACGAUGUUUAUGCACUACUGCAGAACGUGAAUCUUCAGCUGGCGCAGGGCGGAGUAAGGAGUCAUGUUUUUUUUGGUACUGUCAUCGUUGCGGCGAACAACUUUGAGCAUUUGAUGCAUCACACCGCGGCGGUGUAUGGUGCACUAAAGGGGGCGGGUUUUGACAUUAACGGGAAUGGGUCCUCCUUUGAGCCGCGACGUGUGUUCUCUGUUGUCUCCGGGCGGUAUUGGAGCACACUGACGCUGGGCUCACUGCGACGCGAGGAGGACAUCGUGGCGUUUCUUGUCGAUUUGUUCUACCGGUGGCUGGAGGACUGCUACGUGUGGUUGUGCGAAACACCUCCGCAGACGCUGCUUCUCUCUUCCGGCAACGACGACAGGAAGCAGCAGUUCUUCUCAGACUUUUACACAAGCUUGGUGUACCCAAGACAUGAUUUCAUCAACUUGUUGGGAGUGAAGAAUAUGACACUGACGGAUGUUUUGCAGCUUGCGGGACCUCGGUUGGCGAAGAGGGUGCCAUGCGUGGGUCCUCAGAAGUGGAGUGCACUGGAGCUGCGGUUGUGUUUAGCUGCCUUAGACGCUUAUAAAAAUCCUCCACGCAAGUAG